AUGGAAAAUGUUAAUAUUAGUGAAAAAUUGGAGAAUUAUUUUUCGGAAUUGGGUCGAUGGAAAAUAUGGCGAGGCAUCAUUUUAGGUCAAAUUUUGUCUCUGUUGCUCAGUAGUAAAUGUAUUAUUACUACAAUCUUGCAAAGUGCGACCUGGCAAUUUCCCACCACUGGCCAGCUCGUUAUUCCUUAUAUCGUUCUAUUUAUUUUAUUUACACCCUCUCUGUUAUGUACUGGACCUAAGAAAAUAUUACAGAAAUGGUGGCUAGUCCUUAUAGCAUGUGUAUUAGAUGUGGAAGCAAAUUGGCUCGGGGUUGGGGCUGCAUUAGUGGGUGGUGCAUGGAGAGGGCAAAGGCUUGGAGUGGCACAUGUAGCAGGAGCUACAUUAGGUCUCAUGGCAGUUGUAUGCGUAGUUUGGGCUGAUGUCGAGGGAGCCCCUACUGAUGGAAAAAACCAAUUAGUUGGGGACAUGCUAUGCCUUGGAGGAUCCCUUUUGUAUGCUAUGGUUACAGUGUUACAAGAAAUAAUGCUCAAAACUCAUUCAUGUGCAGAAUAUCUCGCAUUGCUAGGUUUUAUUGGCAGUGUGCUUUCAUGUUCACAAACAUUUUUUCUUGAGUUCAGUGAACUCAUGAGUUUUGCUUGGUAUGAAAUAGGAACAAUAGUUCAGUUAGGCAGUUACUGUGGGGUUCAAACAGUGUUUCAAAUACUGCAAAGCUUCAUGCUGAGGGAUGCGGGUGCUAUUAUACUGCAUUUGUCUUUCUUAUCAGCUGAUUAUUAUACUGUUAUUGCUGGGAUGUACAUAUUUCAAUUUAAGUUCCAUGCAUUAUAUUUCCUAUCGUACCUCCUGGCUAUGAUAGGGGUGUUCCUGUUCACAUCACGACCGACAAGUCCACCACCUCUGCCUGUACUGCCGCAACUCAUAAACGACUCUAUGCAGUCGCAGGAUAAUGUUUCUAUGGAAUAUACAGUACCAACAUUAGACUGUAUUCCAUUAUCUGAAGGACUGGAACCCCCUAUAAGUAGAGAUACCACAUUUACAUCUUUUCUCGGAGGUCCUCAUACUACUGUAGCAAGUAUGCCGAAUGGAACUGUUACAUUUGGUCACGCUAAUGGUAUAAAUGGUGAAAGUAAAGAACCAAACGAGAAU